GCAGGGCAACUUGCGAAAGAUCAGCAACAUCCUCUCUGGAUGGUGCAAGGACUCUAUGUUGGAACGCAAGCGUGGAGCCAAACCGGUGUCCGUAGAGGAGUUCGAGCAGAAUCACAAAGCCCGGGUGGGAGUUCGCUUGAUGAACAUGACCGAUGGUGGAAAGGAGAUUCACCGUUUCGUGAAGGAUUCCAGUGAGUCCUUGAAGAUCUCGAAGACAGCAGCGACAUGGAAGGCCUACGUGGACUUUGUGAACAACGUAGUCAUCGAGGGCUUCGUGUCCACCAUCGCCGUGUCGCUGCAAUAUCUCUGCGAGAUCUUGGAUCCGCUGAUCAUCGCCCGACACGAAAUGUUGCCCCUCUUCGAUGUGAAGAUUGAACUACAAGGCACUGAGAUCGUUUUCGAUCCACCGUUCGAGGACGAAGAUAAUCCCAGCCGGACAACGCUCAGAAGCACCAUCGACAGUUGGUUGAAAGACUUCUUUGCCAUGGCCACCGUCAUGGUUCGAUUGGAUUCCAACGUGGGAGACUAUUUGAACGAGAUCAAGUUUGAGUUCCAAACCAUCUACAACUCUGCGUGUGGCGAGGAGCACUUUCAGAUGCAAUGUCUGCUGUCUCUGGUGUCUGAGUUGAUUCUUGGCAGCAUCGUAAAAAAGAAAACGGGGAUCGACAAUACGGAAGCCAAGUGCAUCGAGUAUCGCGAGAAUUUCCUCUUUCAUGCCUUCCUGUGGACGGAGAGCGUCCUCUGGUCUCAAAUGCGUUUCGAGAAAGAAGUCGCACGCUUCGAAUACCUCAAGCAGGAGCUCUCAAUGAAGAAAACGCCGACGGAUAUUCAUUGGUUGAAGAUCGAUGCUCAGCCCGUAAAGGUGACCCUGGUGAAUUGUGCGCGAAGAUGGGAGGAAAAGUUCACCGGAUUCCUCCGAUCUUUCGUGGAGGAUCGUUGUUGA